UCGCGAUACUUCUCUCCACCAGCGGGCGGGAACCGGUACGUGCGUCCGGCGGCCCCCGCGUCUCGUCUCCGUGUUGCCGGGUUGUGUCUCCUCUUCCCGGGACCUCCGGGCCCAGCAGCAUGACGUCUGCCUUGGAGAACUACAUCAACCGAACCGUUGCUGUUAUCACUUCUGAUGGGAGAAUGAUUGUGGGAACACUAAAAGGUUUUGACCAGACCAUUAAUUUGAUUUUGGAUGAAAGCCACGAGAGGGUAUUCAGCUCUUCACAAGGAGUAGAACAAGUGGUGUUAGGAUUAUACAUCGUGAGAGGUGACAACGUAGCGGUCAUUGGAGAAAUUGAUGAAGAGACAGACUCUGCACUGGACUUGGGGAACAUCCGAGCAGAACCUCUGAACUCCGUAGCACACUGAAGACACAGUGUGUGCUUAGAUGUCUGUAAAUCCUGUACAGAAACUGCUUCUUGUGAAGAUGAUGUUUAGAUUUUUUAUGAGUGUAUAAUUGUGGAUUUUGACUUUGUGUUGGUACAUUGUAAUAUGUAAAGUGAAAUAUUUCUACAUUUUUAUUGGGAAACAUUGCCUAAAUUAAUAAAUGCAGUUGCCUGA